GAGACGUGCUACUUCAAAGUCAUUUCCAUUCCGUAAUUCCAUAACAAUUAACAUAAGCCACUGACAAAUCCUUUCCAUUUAUUAUUUAUAAAAAUUAUAAAUUAUAUUACACAAAAUAUUUCAUGAUUACUACUGCAUUGGAAAUUACGAUAGAUUAGUUACUACUUUGUGAUUUUGAUCUCCAUUCAUUUAGCCGUAGGCGAUGAGGCAAAUAUCGUGCCUCCGAGUAGUCAGUACCAUUCUGACAAGCACAAUGAGAAGCCAUACUUAUACUGAGUCGAUAGGAUCGGCCAGAAUCAUGGCCAAGAUCCUAGAUGGAAAAAAGAUUGCUAAAGAUAUCAAAGAUGAAUUGAAAAUACAGAUUCAAGAAUGGGUGAAGGAAGGAUAUAGAGCACCAUCACUGUGUUGCAUCAUUGUUGGUGAUGAUCCAGCAAGCCACACAUAUGUAAAGAACAAAGUACUAGCAGCACAAUACUGUGGAAUUAAUGCGGAAACCAUAAAAUUUGAGAGCACUAUCACUGAAGAGUUUCUUCUUGAUAAAAUCAAGGAGUUAAAUGAGAGUGAUAUAGUUGAUGGAAUACUGAUUCAAUUACCAGUGCCUGAUACCAUGGAUGAAAGAAAAGUGUGCAAUGCAGUAUCACCGCAUAAAGACGUGGACGGUUUUCAUAUAGUUAAUGUUGGUCAACUUUGUCUUGAUAUGAAAACCAUAGUGCCUGCAACUGCUCUCGGUGUAGUUGAAAUGAUUAAGAGAAGUGGCAUUGAAACUCACGGUCGCAAAGCAGUUGUUAUUGGUCGUUCCAAAAAUGUAGGAAUGCCCAUAGCUAUAAUGUUACAUACAGACAAAAAACACGAAAGCGGCUUGGGAAUGGACGCCACAGUAACAAUAUGCCAUAGAUACACUCCGAAAAAUGAUCUAGAAUUUUUCUGUCAAAAUGCCGACAUUAUCAUUAGUGCCACAGGUAUUCCAGGCCUUGUUAAGGCAAACAUGAUUAAACCUGGCGCCACAGUAAUUGACGUUGGCAUUACGAGGAUUACUGACGCUGAGGGGAAAACCAAGCUGGUUGGAGAUGUCGACUAUGAUGAGGUGAUCAAAAUCGCCGGUGCAGUGACCCCAGUUCCUGGUGGAGUAGGCCCUAUGACGGUAGCUAUGCUCAUGCACAAUACUUUCCAAGCAGCGAAGAACCUACGCGAAAAAACAGUGAAAAUUUCGUGAGUGUUUUACCUACUCUACUACAGAUGUAUAUCUGUCGCCAAUAUAUUAUUUAAUUCUUAUAUACUAUGGAAAAUUAUU